AUGGGCAUCUCGCGGUCCAAGCUCUGCGCCUCCGUUUUCCCCUUCCUUGGUAUCGUCUUGGGCAUGAGGGCAUACCCCCUGGGGAACAUCGACUUGCUAGUCACGUUCGGUGACCGUAGCAACUUUGGUACCGAGACCUUGAUCUUCGAGGUUGUGGAAUUUGAGGUUUCGUACCAUGCCAUCCUCAGGCGUCCGUGCUAUGCCAUGUUUAUGGCGGUCCCCAACUGCAACUACCUCAAGCCUAAGAUGCAGGGAUCGAACGGCAUCAUCACGGUGAGCGGCUCCUUCGAGCAGGCGUAUGCCUAUGGCUGGGAGCACCGCCGUCGCCAACUCUGCUGA